AUGAAGACACUCGAAACAACAAGGAACAAGUGCGUACCAACUCGGUCUCCACCGUCAGAACGGUCCAUCCAACAGUCUAAACGCCACCGAGGUGAUGGUGCAACAAUCCUGGCCUGGCACGCGCAGGGACUGCAGGGAGAAAUCACUCGUUCGCAGCAGGACACGGUGCAACAACGCAUGGGCAGACGCAUGUCAUCCCGGUCGAAACUCCCCGAAAUCGGGGGGUUUUACACGGGACGACUGAGCAAAUCAAUUGCGUAUGUUUCGGUCGCGUAUCUUGUCUUUGGCGUCAUUUUGUCCAUGUUUCCUACAAUGGGACCGAAUCCAUCGCCAUCUGACAUGAACUACACCGUGGUUAUCAACGGCUUCGUGUGGUCUAGUUGCAUGGCCUACUACUUCUUGUUCGUACACCGCUGGUAUUCUGGUCCAUAA